UGAAGUAGUGUGGUAAAUGUGGUGGCUACCACAACACAGGAUUCCUUCCUUAGGUUCUGAACAUGUCAUAACAAGCUCACUUUGGCCACUAAACAAGUUAUGGCAAGAAAAAACGAAACCUGCACCUGUACACAACAGCACAGUACAUGCUUUAGUACAGGUCUCAUGUAGUGCGUCACAUGUGGUCUACAGAAUGUGAUGGUUUUGUAGCGUUAAAAACUCCCAGCAGUCUAUUAAAGGGACUGUGACACCUGCUACCCUCCAGUUGACAGCGAGUAGGAGGGCCUGUCCCUGCCCAGAUGAGAGGUGUUUCAUAUAUUGCACAUCACCCAUGCUUUAGGGGAAAGUACACUACAGCACUCCUCUUGGACAUCUGCUGAGAAACUCUAAACAGGAACACAGACACUCACUUACACAAACACCAAGCCAUCAUACAGGAAGCUUGACACACUCUGAGGUUUGUCUACGGGCCAACCAGAAGACGAGAGGUGGAGGCCACGCUCAUUCUACAUUAUCGGUCCCAGGCUUUGUGAACUCACCAGUGUUUUCAUCUCAGUUUGCUCACUCGUCUGUCACAUUUGACCUGCACUGAGGCUGUCGGGUAUCAUGUCUCUAUCUGCCGAGUACUGCAGUGAUAAAACGGGUGACAAGGGUGUUGCUUUGGCCCAUCAGAGGAGACUGAUCCGGGGAUUGCUUGUUUGGGCCACCCUGCUCACUCUAGGCUUGGCCACAUCAAUAACUCUCCACUUCAUCCACAGAGAAUCACCAGCUCCUAGUAAACGGCAGAGUCAAGAAAAUGUCAACCAAUCUCAGGCCAUAGAAUUUCCUCUAAUGGAAUAUGUCCCAAACUGGAAAGACUCAGAUAUGGUGGAGAAUCUAAAUUGGAACACAUUGCAAAAGGGUUUUAUCGAGGGAACGGAAAAGCUGUUGGUGACCAAGUGUGGCCAUUAUUUCUUGUACCUGCAGGUUACCCUUGCCUCUCAAGAGAAAGCAAACCAUACAAUCACUGUGCAAACAGAAAAUAGACUGAUUUUAAAAGGUCUUAUCAAUGGAUCAAAACUCUCAACUGUCUUCAUGGCUAAAGGCAUUCCCCUCAAUAGCGGAGAAACUCUAACUGUGACCUGCGAGCCAAAAGCCAAAAUCCAGGUCUCUCCCACUGAAACCUACCUGGGUGUGAUCAAGCUUCAUUGAAACUAAAUCUAGAUCAAAGACUGACAUGGAUUUGUGACAUUAAUGAAUGUGGACCUCCAGACUGAUCUGCUGGGUUUUGAAGUAUACACUGAAGGCAGUGUACGACAUGUUAGCAGUUUUUAUUUUUAUUUUUUAUUUCUUAAAGUGACAUCUCCAAAGCUCUCUGCCUUUAUUGCACUAUAUUUAAGCUUCUCCCCACACAAUGGAUGAAGCGUCACUGAAUGUCCAUGUGUGGCCCAAUUCUGAUUGUUACCAAUGUAAAAUUGGCACCCUAUUGAAGCACUUUAUAUACAUGAAUGUAUAUAUAUAUUUGUGUGAAACUGACCCUUUGCUGAAGCCCUGAACUGCUCCAAAUGUUUCUUCAACACACUCACUUUGGUAUUGUGAAUACCUUAGUCCACACUACAACACCUGAGUCAACAGAAAAUUAAAUGAGAUUAAGUUAGUAACAUUCAUUUAGCAAAUGCAGAUCUCUUUACUGAUGCUAAACAUGUUUAUAAUUAUAAUCAACACACCAUUUCUGCAGCAUGAACAUGUCAAGAUUUAUUUAAAGAGAAAGGGCAAAAAACACUGCUUGUUUUCUCUUUUGGCAUCUUGUGUCAGUAUUUUAAGCUCCUCAACAACAAUACAUCUGGAUAAUUUCUGCAAUUUCUUGAAACUAGCCAAACACACAAAACCACCACAGAAAUAGGAAAUAGCAAGAGCCGAUCUCAAAUGGCAGAUCAGCGACAGCUGCUAGUUGCAGCAAAGGUGGGGACUUAGCAAAGGGUCAAGUGGAGGUAUCAGAAUACCUCCCUUUAACAAAGCAAAAAACUAAGGCUGAAUUCAGAAUGGCAGACUUGCAUACUACAAGUAUUACAAGUGAUGGUUCAACCAAAAAUGAAAAUUCUGUCAUCAUUUACUUACCCUCAAGUUGUUCCAAACCUGUAAGAGUUUGUAUCUUCUGUUGAACAUAAAAGAUAUUUUGAAGAAUGUGGGUUGCUGGUCCCCAUUGACUUCCACUGUGUUUUAUUCCAUACUAUGGAAGUCAAUGGGGACCAAAAAAUGUUUGGUUACCCACAUUCCUUAAAAAAUAUCUUCUUUUGUGUUCAACAGAAGACAUAAACUCAUACAGGUUUCGAACAACCUUGACAGAAUUUCCAUAUUUGGAGUAGUAGUAUGCUACUAUGCUAUUUCCAAGUUUUCGCCAACAAAGAUGUCAUUGGUCAGGUGGUAUAUUAAGAGUGGCAAGCCACUGAAAGUGUAUAUAAAAUGUGUAUGUGUGUUUGCUUGUUUGUUAGUUUUUUUAUUUCUUAUUUUGUCAUAUUUAUCUGUAUUUAUGGCUGUUGAUUAUACAGCGGCAGCAAAAUAUUUUUAGCGUACUUAAAAGUCUAUGAAAAUCAUCGGAUCAUACUAGAGAACAAUUAUUUAAAAAAAUAAUAAAAAAGUGGUAUUUCUUUAAACAAAACAUUUCACAAAAAUAACUUUGCUAAUUCUAAAACAAUAGUAUACUCUUUUAGGACAGACAUUUAUAUGAAAAAAGUGCUACUUUAUGACAGUCAAAUGUAACUGGAUCGUGUUAAUGUAACGAACAACACUUGUAGAUACUCUGACCCAUUUGCGUGAAGAGCUGACUUCAUACACCCACUAAAACUAUCUUGACACCAGCUCAAUUCACAAAUUGCUCAGAAAAGUGAAAGUAAUUCUGAGAAAAUCUCUAGGUUCCUUUGUAAUGCAGAAACCACUCGUUUGAAAGGUUAUUUAAUGUAGAGAGUUAAAGACCUUCAUCUAAGAUUCUCAGCCAACCCAACAAUCUGAUAUAAAAAGCUAUAUCUUCUGUUUAUAACAGCAACACAAUUUCAGCUAAAAUGAUUUACGUCAUAUGAUGCUUAUGAGGUCAUUAGUUGGACAUUCAUGGACAUUUUAAUAAUUAGAAAUGUCAUGAACAUUAUCAAAAGAAAAUUAUAUGUAUAUUUAUCUUUUCCACAGACCUCUAUCUGGAAUCUAAUGACAUUGUACUGACUCAUGACAUUGUAAAGACCCAAGUCACUUUUUGGACUUGCUAAAUAUGGCUGAAUUGAUGUUUUGCUAUAGCCUAUUAUUGUCCUAAGAUCUCCUUUCAAAUAAAGUUACUCAUUUUUUUGAAGGUCUGACUGUAUAUUAUAGCUAUAUCAUGACAACAACAACAACAAAAAAGCUUAUACAGUGUAAAGCAAUUGUUGGAAUAAACAACU